AUGUCUGAGACCCCCCCAGAAUCCAAGCCUGAAGCCAAACCAGAGGUGAAGCCGGAGACACACAUAAACUUGAAAGUCUCGGAUGGCUCCUCAGAGAUUUUUUUCAAGAUCAAGAGGACCACGCCGCUGAGAAGACUAAUGGAGGCGUUUGCCAAGAGACAGGGUAAAGAAAUGGACUCACUGAGGUUUCUUUACGAUGGUAUAAGGCUCCAGGCCGAUCAGACCCCGGACGAUCUGGACAUGGAGGACAACGAUAUCAUAGAGGCCCACAGAGAACAAAUUGGCGGCAAUUCAGUGGCAGCGUGA